GUUGUGUGUUUCCAUUUGACAGUCAAUUAAUUUGCAGAUAAUUUGCAUGAGAUUGGAACCAAGCUUCCGCUCCCCUCUCGCAAAUGGCUACAGAACAUGAGCUACCUCCGUGGACGGGUGCCCCAAAAUUUGAGUACCAGCUUUUUAAAAAUGCAACUAAAAUGGCAAGGUCCUAUCAUACGUUAGGAGUCAAUGUGAGGAGGCUUUUGAGGCAGAAAUCUGAUGAAGGAGGUGCACAGUAUGUGCGGGAUUUAAAAAUUUCUGAGUCCCUUGGUUUUCAGCAUGAAAUUCCCGAGUUGCCAAUAAAACCCAGCUAUUUCAUGAUUGCAAUGCUUCCACCUCCGGAUGUAGAAGAUGGCACACUUUUGGAUAGGGAGUUUGAGUUACUAUUAGCUGCUGACUCGAUGUAUCACCUCAGUUUCUCAGCAAAAAGUGUUUGGUAUGUUUUUAAAGAUGCUAUUCUCCCUGGAGUUAGAGAAGGAUGUGAAGCUAAAUACAACAUCGAAAGAUUUCCCUUCAAAGGAAGCUAUCAAGAGGUUGGGAUGGUUAUUGGUUUCCUUGGACAAUUAGAGACCUAUGAAGUGCUAGUAGAUCAUAAACGAGCAUCUCAUAGGCAACUAGUCCAAGUCAUGCGCCGCAAUUUGGUGACUUUUUCUGAGGCAAUGAGAUUUGCAUUUCUGUUCAAGCUAAAUCUCACAACAUUUCAACUUCGAAAUCUGUGUGGUGUAUUGGAUGGUCCUGUCAAAAAGAAUGAGUUAUACCAGAAUCUUCCUUAUCAUUUCAAUGAUUGGAGCAAUUACUCCGAGAAGUGCAGAGAAGGAAGAGAAAAGUUUGAUGCAGAAUGGCAACGAUCUGAUCCAGAGUUUAGCAAAUACAUAUUAUCAGGAAUUCCCACAUUUGAUGCUCUGUUAAAUUUUGUGAGUCUGUUGUCAAAUAAAAACCACAAGAAAAGUAGGGAAGAGGAGUCUGAAAAUCACAUGAAACAAUCUUUUGGAAAUCUAGAAGAUCACCGGGAGGGUGGUGGGGAUGAGGAUCCUCCAAGUGAUGGUAAUAAAGAGAGACAGAAGAAGAAAGACACAUCUUCCGCCUGGUUCUUUGAGGCCCCUGUGAUGCCAUUCCAUUGGAUUGAUAGAGCAUCAAACAUAGUAAAGGUCAGUUACACUUCUUUGGUUGUUGGCACUAUACCUCUCCUUGGUCACAUCUAGUUGGUCCCGUUGUAUUUUGUGUGCCUCAUCUUUCAAUCUUUCAAACAUGUCGUGGUUCUAAGGCUAACAGUAGA